UCGUGGGAGGUGGUGGAUCGGUUGGUCGGUUGUGUUUUUUCCUUGCUAUACCGAGUUCCGUGGCCUAGAUUGUCGCUAAGGCAAAAAGUUGCCGAGUUUGCUGAACAACCUCCAUAUCACAGUGCAUACGCGCAAAUUGCACUCCAUCCACCGCCAAUCAAUCGGAAUAAAUCGAUGACGAUCAAAGGGUAGACGUAGCGCGCGACUGGUGCCCUGGAAUCGCUCUAAUGUCAAGGAAAAUUGAUAAGAGGAAAAUGUUUUUUUGUGUUGUCUCUUAGGGAAAAUAGUGAAUACGCUUAGUUCGGCAUGUGUUAUUGGAAAAUCAAGUGAUUGAGUUACAAUGGAAACACGAAGUGAUCACGUCGCACUCACGCUCCAGCUCGGCAGCUCGGAUAGUCUGCAGCCGGGACUGUCAACAACAAGGAAAAGUUGUCGCCGGUACUGGAACCAACUGCCUCGCUGCCUCCGCAAUCUAAUCAUAAUCGGAUUAUUGACUGCCUGCGUCGCUUUGCUUCUCUUCCUGCCCGGCGAGCAGCUCGUCCCCGACGAUUCAGCCAAUUCAUUGGGACAUAUAAAUAUCGCGCCAUUCAAAGAUGAGCAUAACAACAUAUUACGCAACGAGAAUGUCCAUCAUCCAAAACGUAACAGUGAAGAAGUCAUACCUCCACCAACACCAUUACGAAAACUAGAGGACAACAAUCAGCCACAAAUCGAUCCUGCACAAAACCCAAAUGAUUCAGCUCAAAAUCAAAUCGAGCCACAAAUACCACUCGACAAUAAACCUGAUCCCGAAAUUGAGAAAGGAUCACGUGAAAUCCUAGCAAACAACGGCUUGGAGGGGGAACCAAAUGUCCUGGAAGAGAAUAUCGACAACAAUGCCCCCAAAGACUUCAGCGGGCCGUCGAACGAUCGACAGCGGGCUGUGGUUGAUGCGUUCCGUCAUUCGUGGCGGGGGUACAAGGAGUUCGCUUGGGGUCAUGAUAAUUUGAAGCCAAUUUCAAUGGGUUCGCAUGAUUGGUUUGGGUUGGGAUUGACUAUAGUGGACGCGUUAGAUACAAUGUAUAUCAUGGACUUGCAGGAUGAAUUCGAGGAGUCUAGGAAUUGGGUCGACCAGCAUUUGUCCUUUAAUAUAAACAAAGACGUGAAUUUAUUCGAAGUCACAAUUCGAGUUCUUGGUGGACUCUUAAGUGCAUAUCAUUUGAGUGGAGAUAAAAUGUUUUUGAAUAAAGCAAUCGACUUGGGUAAUCGUUUAAUGCCCUGUUUCGAUACACCGUCCGGGAUCCCUUAUUCGGAUGUGAAUUUAGCCACAAUGAAGGCUCAUUCGCCAAAAUGGUCACCGGACAGUUCAACUAGUGAAGUGACAACAAUUCAACUUGAAUUUCGAGACUUAGCUCGAAGUUCGGGUGAUAAAGCGUUCGAGGAGGUUGUCCAAUCAGUGAAUGAAAAAGUUCAUGCACUACCGAAGACUAAUGGAUUGGUGCCCAUAUUUAUCAACGCUAACUCAGGAGCAUUCAGAAACUUUGCAACAAUAUCUCUCGGUGCUCGGGGGGAUUCUUAUUAUGAAUAUCUCCUCAAACAAUGGUUGCAAACAAACAAAAAACCAAAUGAUUUCUUAAUUGAGGACUAUAAGACCGCAAUGGAUGGCGUUCUGACUCAACUUGUACGUAAAACACCCGCCGAAAAACACACCUACAUCGGAGAACUUAUCAACGGGAAAGAUUUCAAACCGAAGAUGGAUCAUCUAACGUGUUAUCUGCCCGGAACACUCCUGCUAGGUCAUCGCCAUGGAAUGCCUCUAUCGCAUCUCACGCUGGCCAACGAGUUGCUGGAAACCUGCUACCAAACAUACAUGAAGCAGCCAACCGGCUUGGCUCCAGAGAUUACCUACUUCAAACUGAACGACGACUCAGAGACGGAUAUCAUCGUCAAACCAAACGAUGCCCACAAUCUCCUGCGACCGGAAUUCGUCGAGAGUCUGUACUAUUUCUACGCUCUCACCGGGAACAAGACUUAUCAGGACAUGGGCUGGAACAUCUUCCAAUCGUUCGAGAAAUACACGAAAGUGAAGCAUGGCUACACGUCGAUUGGGAACGUGAAGAAUGUCCUGAACACAAGACCGCGUGAUAUGAUGGAGAGCUUCUGGCUGGGCGAGACCUUAAAGUAUUUUUAUUUAUUAUUUAGUGAUGAUCGCAACGAGAUCGACUUAGACAAGUACGUUUUGAACACAGAGGCGCAUCCAUUACCAAUACUUCACAAUUAGGCAUAAAACAAUUGUUUGUAUUUGUAAGUAGGCAUUUUUUCAUUUGUUACGUUCACUUAUUUAUUACGCUAGGGAAAUAUCUUGUGAAUAUUUGAAAUUAUUCCAGAACUAGGAGAAAAUGAUCUUUUGUUAAAUUAUGCACUGAAAACGAAAUAGACAUUAAAUUUAAAAUGAAGUUUAAGUAGAGCACGUUCGGCGGACGGUAGCGGCCAAGUAGGGAAAGAUGUUAAACACUCAACGAUUCGAAGGAUUUUCAACAUUUCCUCUUCAGCUCCGUAAACGGGGACUGCCUGACACUGACGAAAUCAUUUCCAAAAAUUGUAUUUGUUAAGCCUUUUGUGAUGAUAAAAUUUUGUUUAGGUUUUGUACUACGCGUAAUCUAUUGAAUGGUCUCUCUUCUGCUUCAAAAGGGGCAGGGACUGUAUUAAAUGUAAAUUAUUUGGUCCCUAUCAAAUCAUAAUAUUGACUCUCGUGUCCCGCCCUCCAAAACACAUCGAAUUCAUUACAAUAAAACGAGGCACCUGUACAGCGCAUACCCUUUGUCAUCGUUUCACGUUCAACACUCAGAUUUCUAACAGAUUUUACCAAACUUUACACUCAACAAUGCAAUUUCUAUGCAUGACUAUUCAAUCUACAUAAUAAAACCAACUUCUACAAAGCAAUACAUGUGAAUUAAUUGAAAACAAUUAUUCCUUAUUUUUAUUAAGCCUUGGAUAUUUUGUAAAGAAACGUAGUUGGCUAAUGAAUGGCAACUUUUCAAAUGUUAGUAUGUAUUUGAAAUUAUUUAGGUUACAUAAUGUCUAGUCUUUUGAAAUAAAGUUUUUUGAUCGGGA